AUGGACAAGUACAACUCCAAUUGGGUCUCCUUCCACAUCCGAGACCAUCUCAAGGACGGCGAGGUGCUUAUCCAGCACACCGUCAUCGAGGGCGGCGAAUUCUUCAACCCUGAAGAUCGACGCAAGUCACUCACCGAAGAUGAGAUCGACGAAAUCAAGAUUCCAACCAAUGGUAUCGGCGAGGUCACUGCCGCAAGCCGCCGAGGCAGCGAAGGCCGUCUGGAUCUAUUCCACGGUAAAUCUAAGAUCUGUGAACUCCACUGGGAGAAUCGUGGAGGAGAAUACGUCAACUUAGUCGAGAUGUUGGACAGUAGUAGCAAAUAUAGAGUCGAGUGUGGGGGAUGGAGUCCCAGGGAGGGCCCCCUGGGACAUGUCUUUGUGGAUAUCACUGAGGCAAGAAAAUAG